AUGGAGGCGAAAGCAAGAACAGAAAUUGUAGAGUUGGGAACCGUAGUCCAACCACAACCAAUCGAGAUGCCAGAUAAUGAAGAGCGAUCAGUGAUAGAGGCCGCAAGGCCUAAUCUUACUAAAAUGAUUCAGGCUAUCUUGAAGCCAGACAUCACGGGUCACUUUGAGCUCAAACAGUACAUGAAAUUGAAAAAAAGUGAAAAGACUUCGAUCGCAAGGCCACCACCUCCCUUCCCACAAAGAUUGAAGAAGAAAAGUGAUGACAGGAUGUUCAACAAAGUUUUUGAUAUGCUGAGCCAAAUUCAAUUGAAUCUACCAUUGAUUGAUGUGCUACGUGAAAUCUCAAAAUAUGCUAAGUACAUCAAAGAUAUUAUGGCUAACAAAAGAAGGUUGACAGAGUUUGAAAUAAUGGCACUUACUGAAGAGUACACCUCAGGAAUUCAAAGAAAGUUGCCGCAAAAGUUGAAAGAUCCAAGGAGCUUCACCAUACCUGUGCGAAUUGGUGAGGUAGAUAUGGGACGGGCACUCUGUGAUUUGGGAGCUAGCAUAAUUUGA